AUGGGGAAAGCAAACAAAUCCCUUAAGGAGUUUAUCAACAAUAUUCCUGAUAGCGUACUAGAGGCCCUUCCGACUGCGCCAGGCAAAAUGUAUUCUGACACCAACUUCCGACUUGAUAUGCAGGGGAUGACAACGGCAGGAGAGCACAAUCUGCAAGUCCAGGUCAACAAUCAGACUACAAUAUCUACCCUCAAAAAGCACGCACCAAAAACCGUUGCAGGACCAGUCCUUGUUCCUAAAGGCAAUACCACAGAUGCAGCUACCAUCAGGGCUAGUCUGUUGAAUGAAUUAUUGAUUUAG